AUGCGGGAUGACUGGAAACUACUUGAGCAUGCACAUCGUUCAAAGUUAUCUACAACUAAAGCUGCUUGCAAGAGUAUUCUUGAUGAGCAUGGAGUCCGAUACUCCAUUCUCAAUGAGCUGCCAGGUUGGCUACCAAUGCGCCAUUCACCGAUCGACUUUAUGCACAACUUUUAUGCACUUGUCAAGCGCUUUCUAUUUGAUAUUGUUAUGGCAGGACAUCUCCUCAAUAGCAUGGGUUGGGACCUGUUUCAAAACUCCAUCAAUUCAGUUAUCUGGCCAUCAGGAAUUGGACGCCUUCCCAAAAAUCUUGCUGAUGAUCAUGGGCUCCCCAAGGCUGAUCAAUGGCGACGUCUCUCGAGCAUAUAUCCAUUCAUACUGUGGCUAUGUUGGCGAGAUCAUCAUGACGAAAUCAAGGCCUCCGCACCACCAGUACCUGCAUCUGCAAAGCCCCAACCAACUUUCAAAUGUCAAGCAUACUUACAACUCUAUUGUCAAGGUCUCGAGUUGCUCGGUGUCCAUCAAACAAUCAACAGUCAUCUUGCCAUGCAUUACUCCCUUGUCUUCCGCCAAUAUGGACCUGCAUAUGCCACGUGGCUCUUUGGCUUCGAACACUUCAAUGGUGUCUUAGAGGACAUGAACCUCAAUGGACAUGGAGGUGGUGAGAUGGAAUACUCAUUAGCGCAUGAUUGGGUUGAAAAACAUCGACUUUAUGAACUUGCUAUUUCUUUACCCGAAGGGGCAUCCGACAAGGAACAUAAACUUGUCCAACAGGCCAUUGACCAAAAGGGUCUUGAUCGCGGCACAUUACACACUCAAAUUGCUCAAUUUACAUCAGUCAACUUGAACAUCCUAUUAACGUUGAGAACGGCCAGUUCUAUCUUGCCUCCAUGGCUCACUUCGAAGACGAAAUUCACCAGCUUACGGGGCCUUCAGCAUCCGCAGGUAUAUCAACUGCUUGUUGGAUUCUCGCAGCACAAGUUUCCUGACCUCAAUGUUGUUGAUGAUAUGACAGUGGAGCUAGGCACUACUGUUCUCUUCACUAGUCAGUCUGCAACUGCAACUCAAACAAACGCUGACCAGUUUGCAGGUGUCUUGAUGCAUGACACAUGUGUCCCUUGCAAAAUCAUAUAUCAUUUUGAAAUACACCUUCCUGACCAAGUGUUCUACUGCUCUGCUGUUCAGAAGAUGGUAUCUGACAAUAAAAUUCCUGUAAUGCUGUGGGAUCAUUUCGCAACUGAUCUUGGUGUGAACAUCAUUUACGAGAAUAUCUUUGGACCACUCGAGAUAAUCACAUCAAGUCAACUUUCAUGUGCAGUAGCAAUCAUUCCCAUCACAACCAAUGUCCUUGCAGAAGAGAAGUCCUUUGAUUCAGACGAAGAUGGUGACAUUGCAAGCUAG